UUGUCAACCGUUUUGUAACAUACCGCAGGUUCAAAAUGGAAUCUCUCCAUUCCAUUACCGAGAGUCUGCAUGAAGGAGACUUCCUGGCUUCUAUCGACCUUAAGGAAGCGUAUCUCCAUGUGUCCAUUUGCAUAGCCCACAGAAAGUUUCUUCGGUUUGCCUUUGGCCACCAACAUUUUCAAUAUACAGUGAUGCCAUUUGGCCUCUCCUCUGCUCCAAGAGUAUUUACCAAGGUGCUACUCAUCCUAGUGGCUUACCUUCGGACCCAAGGGGUUCAUAUCUACCCAUAUUUGGAUGAUCUGCUAAUACGGUCCAAGUCUGAAGAGCUGGCUCAUCAUCAUUUAAUGAUCACCCUCAAUGUUUUGCAGACCUACGGCUGGCUUGUCAACUUCGACAAAAGCCAUCUCCAACCAACCCAACGCCUACUACACCUUGGGGCAAUGUUGGACACCCUGCAGGCAAUGGUCUUCCUGGCUCCAGAUCGCAUCAAUGCCAUCACCAGCAUCGCAAGGUCCCUGAUGCAACAAACAUGCGCAGACGUCAUGCUUCUCGCCAGAGCGCUCGGGAUGUUUAUCUCCACAAUCCACAUUGUGCCCUGGGCUCGAGCCCACACUCGGCCCCUUCAGUGGACUCUGUUGCCUUUUCAAAAAGACAUUGCCAGCUCCAACCAUCGCAAAGUUCGUUUGAGCCCCGCUCUGCGCCUCUCCUUCCGCUGGUGGACCAAGGUUCAACACCUCUCCAAGGGCACGUCGUUCAGAGAACCCCGCAGAACCGUCGUGACCACAGACGCCAGCCUCAUAGGUUGGGGAGCCCACUGCAACUCCCAGUACGUUCAGGGGGGUUGGCCCAACGCAGAGCAAUCUCGAAGCAUCAACUGGCUGGAACUAAAGGCUGUCCACUUGGCUCUAUGUCAUUUUCAGUCUCUGUUCCCUUUGCAUCAUGUGCUCAUUCGAACAGACAACACGUGUGUAAAAUCACAUUUGAACAGACAGGGGGGCACCAGGUCUCGUCCUCUGCAGGACUUAGCCUCCCUCAUCUUUGUCUGGGCAGAACAACAUCUACAAUCCCUGAAAGCAGAGCACCUCAGAGGAAUUUGGAAUGUGACAGCAGACUGGCUCAGCAGACAACAGGUCUUCCCGGGAGAAUGGAAACUUUAUCCAGCCAUUUUCCAUCGUCUCCAGUGUCGGUUCGGCGCCCUCUCAGUCGACCUGUUUGCUUCCAGUCACAAUUGCCAGCUUCCAAGGUACUUUGCCCGAUACCUGGACUCAACAGCAGAAGCAGUGGAUGCUCUGACAACACCGUGGCCAGACGGUCUAUUGUACGCCUUUCCUCCCAUACCAUUGUUAGCCAAAACCUUGAGGAAGGCGCGAACCGAAAGGGCACAGCUGGUUCUGAUAGCACCAUUUUGGCCACGCCGACCGUGGUUCUCAGAUCUUCUGGCAAUGUCAAUGAUGGAUCCUUGGACACUUCCAGUAACGCCAGACCUCCUAUCCCAGGGUCCAGUACUGCACCAGGACCCUACUUGGCUCAAUCUAACAGCGUGGCGUUUGAACGGAGACACUUGAGGUCAGCUGGACUGUCUGACGCUGUGAUUGAUAUUAUUUUGGCCUCGAGAAGACCAUCUACCACUCGCAUUUAUCAACAUACCUGGGUGGCUUUCUCCAAGUGGUGUCAGUCCCACCACCACGAUCCAUCCCAGGCCAAUGUGCACCAGGUGCUCCAAUUUCUCCAUAGUGGCUUUAUGAUGGGACUUCGACCCAACACUCUACGUCGACAUGCGUCUACUCUGUCAUCCAUUCUCUCAGUGUCCUCUCCUGGAGAUCAUAGUUCCUCACAUCCGUUCAUCAAACGUUUUUUGAGGGGAGUCGCCCUACGCUCUCCGGCUGUCGUCCAUCGGUUCCCCUCAUGGAGUUUGCCGAAAGUUCUGCAGGCUUUGCAACGCCCUCCAUUUGAACCCAUCAGGACUGUGCCCCUACGUAUACUGUCCUUCAAGGUCCUGUUUCUGAUUGCAAUCACAUCUGCCAGACGCGUUUCGGAGUUGGGCGCAUUGUCUUCUGCUAGACACCUCUGCGUCUUCCAUAAGGACUCUGUUGUGCUGAAGACUGACCCUUCCUUUCGUCCCAAGGUCGAUUCAGUUUUUCAUUGCAACCAGGACAUUGUGUUGCCUUCCUUUUGCCCGGAUCCUACACAUCCUCUUGAAAAGGCUUGGCAUUCGUUAGAUGUCCGGAGGGCUCUCAAGACCUAUCUGUCUAGGACCCAAGAGAUUCGACGAACGGAGUCUCUGUUUAUGUUGCAGUGCUAAUUGUGUGUUUAUGCCUCCAGGAGGCACUAAGACUUCAGCAAGAUGUGAGAAAGAAAAAACAA